AUGGAUGAAGUCUCUCGGAUUGAGGCUUUGAUGGAAGGUAUUAACGGGGAACUCGAUGAAUCAAUGAUACAUCAUGACACUCCUGCGACGGUAGAUGCCUGUGCGACACUUUUGCAACGAUUGGAUAAUCGUCGUCGAGCGGCAGAAGCUAAACGAGGGAAUAAAAAACCUUGGACUACUACUCCGGCCCCUCGUCCCCUACCAGCAAAUCCUGUUCCUGCUCCUCGUGUUGCCGCCCCGGUCGCCAAUGCACCUGCUACUGAAAAUCAUCCCUCGUUCCGCCCAGGAGGUGACGUACCAAGGGAUCUAUCUGGAGGACGUCGUCGCCCCACCCCUGCCGAAAGAAAUGCCCACUUAGUUGAGGGCCGAUGUUUCUAUUGCGGCGGUGUUGGACAUAUGGUUAGAGAUUGCCCCCAAGCGAGGGCAACUGGAAAUCAACCAAGGAGGCCUGUGAUGAGAGGAGUGGCGUUGACGGUGGAAGAAAAUGGCGGGAGUGAUAACGAGUCGGUAAAAGAUUUGUCCCUGCACUAA